AAUGGCCAAGAGCUCGGCAGCAGCAGUGGCAGUGACAACAACACCAGCAGUGCUAGACGAGCUCCUGCAGAUCACGGCCCAGAGCCUGGUGCGCAUGGAGGUGGCCGAGCACUACGAGGUCAUUCGGGAGCUGGGCAGGGGCAAAUACGGUCACGUGGUGCUAGUGACCCACAGGCAGCGAGGGACUCCUAUGGCUCUUAAGUUGCUACCCAAAGCCAGUACCAAGCUGUACACUUUUCUGUAUGAGUAUUGUGUGGCACUCUCCCUUGCCACCCACCCUGCUAUCAUCGGGAUGUUUGGAAUUGCAAUUGAGUCCAGCCAGUACUAUGGUUUCCUCUAUGAACCAGCGCUGCACAGAGACCUCAUCUCUAUCAUCAAACCACGGGAUGGAAUCCCUGAACCUGCUGCAAAGCACUGUGCCAAGCAGCUUGCGAGUGCACUGGACUUCAUCCACAGCCGAGGACUCGUGUACCGUGAUGUCAAGCCUGAGAACGUGCUGCUUUUUGAUCCCGAAUGUCGGUGUAUCAAGUUGACUGACUUUGGGCUCACACGGCCUAAGGGUACCAAGCUCAAGCUGGUGGCUGGGGUACUGCCUUACACAGCCCCGGAGCUGAGCAACACCACCGAUGCGCAGGGGCUGCCCAUCGACACCAGCUUGGAUGCCUGGGCCUUUGGCGUACUCCUUUUCUGCCUGCUGACCGGCUACUUCCCCUGGGAGCAGAGUCUGCCAGAAGACCCUUUCUUUGAGGACUUCAUGUUGUGGCAGGAGACAGGCUUGGAGGCCGCCCUGCCGCGCCACUGGAAGCGCCUGACAGCUGAGGCUGCCCUCAUGCUGCGCAGCCUGCUGGCCCUAGAUCCCGCCAAGCGAGGUCCUGUCAGCGGGGUUUUGCACUAUGUCGACCGCCCCUGGCGGCUGGACGAGGCUGCUGUGAAGCCCUAGAGCGCGCACUGUGUGGA